UUAAGUAGUUGUUCAGUUCAAUGUGAUACUCAGUCUUGUGUGACAAAUUAUUCAACAUUUUCCCAAGAUACUGCAGGGCCAUCAGGUCAACAGAAGCAGAAAGUUACACAGCCUCCGCCUUUGAAAAAAAGGUCAAGCCGAACCAAAUUCCUGGGAAGAGAAAUCCUUCAUAAAUGGAUUGUUGAUGAUAAGAAGAAGAAAGAAAAGUGGUACCGUGGUACAGUUUUAGAUGUAUUAUCAGGUAAAGAUGGAGAUCCGACAGCUGUAUAUGAGGUGUUGUAUAAUGGUGAAGAAACUGCCCACGAAGUGGAUGGUUUGACUGCUGAUUUGCAGGAAGGUUCAUUAAAGUUUUUAGACAUAUAGAGUGAGUAUCAGUUGCUUGUUUUUAUAAUCAAACACACUGGUAGUUGUAGCCCCAUUUAACUUUAGGCAUAAAAAUGUUGUAUUAAUAAGGAAAUAGUUUGUUAACAAGUAAGUGCUGAUCUAGUGGCACAUACUAUUUGUUGAUAAACCAUGACAUUGAAAACAUAUUGUUAUUUAACUAAAUGAUUAAACACCAAAUUCUUGUCAACUUAAGGUUCUUUAUG